ACCGGAAGCACUUCCUGCCGCCCGGCCCGGAGCUAAACUUCUUACUAGGCCUAUGGAGCCACGAGGGAUAGUCAAAGCCUUUCCCAAGAGGAAGAAGGUGAGGGAUGACUCAGGGAAAAGUGUCCCUCCAAAGAUUCCAAAAGAGGAAGAAACAGAAAUACCUGAGGCAGAAUGGCUGAAAUCAGUCACUGCCUUCGUGUUGCAAGCUGGCCUUGGCCAAGCCAGGGCUGAGAUCUUCCACAAACAGAUUGUCCAGAAUGGGGGUGUUGUAUCCAACCAUCUCUCCUCAGAGGUGACACACGUCAUUGUGGCUGAAGACAUGGACUGCCAUCGGGCCUUUCGGCUCCUGAAGUUAACCAGGCUCCCUCCAGGAUUGCAGUUAGUGAAGGCAUCCUGGCUCAGUGCUUGCAUUAGAGACCAGAAGCUACUGAGUACUGCUGGCUACAGUGUCUUUAUCCCUCGCAGAUACCUGGAGGAAGGAGAACUGCAGAAGGAGAAGCAGCAGCAGGUCCUGGACAGUGAAGAGAUCCAGCCCCCAGCAGAGGAGGGAACAGUGAAACCAAAUACUGAAGCACAGGUUGGGGAUUCCUCAGAGCAAGGCCUGGGCACCCUUGGAGAGCAGCUGCUGGCUGAGAAAUACUCUGAUGAUGAAGGCAGCGAAGGAGAAGAUGCUAGUGUCACCCAGGGAGAUCUGGAAGCGUUGAUUUCUGGCCGCUACCCUGUGAAAUCAUCAGAGGAGACCAGUGACAGCUCUUCUGCAGUGGCCCAGUCUACCAGCAAGUGGGUUUGUGCCCAUUCCUCCAAUAGCAAGAAGGAGAAUCACAACCAGGGCAUCACAGAGAAACUGGAAGUGCUGGCAAAGGCCUAUUCUGUCCAGGGGGACAAGUGGAGAGCUCUGGGCUACUCCAAAGCCAUCAAUGCCCUCAAGAGCUACCACAAACCAGUCACCUCCUACCAGGAAGCCUGUAAAAUCCCUGGGAUUGGGAAGCGGAUGGCAGAGAAGAUCCUGGAGAUCUUGGAGAGCGGGCACUUGCGCAAACUGGAUCACAUCAGUGAGAGUGUGCCUGUGCUGGAGUUGUUUUCCAACAUCUGGGGAGCAGGGGUCAAGACAGCUCAGAUGUGGUACUCUCAGGGUUUCCGGACGCUGGAUGAUAUCCGCACCAAGGCAGCUCUCACCAGUCAGCAAGCUGUGGGGCUGAAGCACUACACGGAUUUCCUGGAGCGCAUGCCUCGGGAGGAAGCUGCAGAAAUAGAACAGACUGUCAGACAAGCUGCCCUGGCCCUGAAGCCUGGGCUCCUGUGUGUGGCAUGUGGAUCCUACCGUCGGGGGAAGUCCAGCUGUGGAGAUGUGGAUGUGCUGGUCACUCACCCAGAUGGGCAGUCUCACCGUGGGGUGUUCAGCAAGCUGCUUGACAGCCUCCACAGGAGUGGCUUCCUUACAGAUGACCUGGUGAAUCAGGAGGACAAUGGUGAUCAGAAGAAGUACUUGGGAGUGUGCCGCCUCCCCGGGCCAGCCCAACGUCACCGCCGCUUGGACAUCAUUGUGGUGCCUUACAGCGAGUUCGCCUGCGCACUGCUGUACUUCACCGGCUCCGCUCACUUCAACCGCUCCAUGCGGGCCCUGGCCAAGACCAAGGGAAUGAGCCUCUCAGAGCAUGCCCUCACCUCAGCUGUGGUGCGAGGCCCUGGAGGUGUCAAGGUGGCAUCUGGCCAUACUCUGCCCACUCCCACUGAGAAAGAUGUCUUCAUCCAUCUGGGGCUGCCUUACCGGGAGCCCUCGGAACGAGACUGGUGACACCCUGUUGUCACCCAGCACCCUGGGACCACUGCCAUGCUUUUGUUUUGGAGGGUGCUGGCUUACCCAGUGCUGCUUUGUGGUGACUGCAGAUUGAGGAACAUAUCCCAGCAAACUGGGGCUCCUGGCAAGCACGGGGCUCUGCUGCUGGUGGAGCUGUGUGGCUUCAGCCAACAAGGGCCAUAAACUGGAACCAUGCUGGAAGCACCAUCUGAUGCCACAAGGGCUACCAAAAGGGCUCACUGCCCAUGGGCUACACUGGCCCUGCUCUCCCUGGGGAAGCUUCAGGAGGGCCAGCUUCAGAGCGCUGUGAUCCAGCCCCUCCUCAAGCUUGGGAAAAGGGGGAGUGGGAUGCAUCUUCCUCUCUGUCUGUGCCCAGACACCCCAAAAUUUCUGGACUGUGUAUGAAGGUAUCCAGGAUCUGGCUUGGCCCUGGAACAGGCCUUAGCAUAUCUCACUACUGCUGGCAGCUGCUGCUGUGGGAAUUGUGAAAGGUCUGCCUGUGCUGCUGUCCUUCCAUCCGAGCUGAUUUGUGUUCUGAUGGGUGUCACUGCACAGAACUUGGCUGCUGCAACUGACACCACUCUCCCUGGGUACCAAGUGAUCCUUGAAAGAGGUGUAGGGACCUGAUGGGCUGUGCCUGCUAUCUCUGAGCCUGCUGUGUGCUGAGGAUCCUCCAGUGCAGACAGCUGUGAUCCCCCUGGUUUGGCCCCAAGGGCUCCUUUCCUCUGGGUGCAGGGGAGGAGCAGAUCUCUUGGCACCGUGCUCAGGAAGAAUCUGAACGUAAUGGGAGUGAAUGUAACCUGGCAGGGCUGUGUGGUGCAUAGGAAGGGAGGCAGAGAGAAACACAAGGAGAGAGUUCAGUUCAAGUUUGGGUGAAGCAAAGUUUUCCCUUCGUAUGUGUGGGAGUCUGGUCUUUGAUCAGCAUGUGUGUGCGUGUAUUUGUAUGUACAUUUAUGUGUGUCCAGCCCAUAUGUCAGUUACAUGGGAAUUGUAUGAGUGAAUUUUGUUUCACAGGAAACCUCAACUAUUUUUAUAUUUUGAAGAUGAAUUUCCCAGAAACUUUUUGUGCUCAGUCUCGGUUACAGGUGUUGCACAAGGGCAUUAAACCUGGUGGGUUUGUACAGUUUCUUGCUGCAGUAUCAGCUGUGGCUGCUGGGCACCAGCAGUGGUGGGCUGGAGUGUUUGUAGGCAGACCUUGACCCCAGAGGUGUCAUUUGUCAGCCCAGCUUUUGUACUGAACACCUGAUGGAAAUGAAUGUCUUUUCGCAUGUCUUGCUGCUUUGAAAUGUGAAGUAUAAUAAAUCCCUUCUCUCCCUU